CAAACUCACUCAGUGACGGAUAUUAAUUACUUAACUCAGAGUUAUGAUACUGCUUUUGCUGUUGUACCACGUGGUGGUGUGUUCUGGUGGUUACCAUGGUGACGUGGGGGUACCGAAGGCGAGGGAGGUGAUGAUGAUGGAGAGCUUUGGCGUGAGGAUUGUGGGGGGAAGCCAGGUGUCAACUAUAUCCGCUUAUCCGUAUCAGGCAGGCAUAGUAGCCACUCUCACCACCGGUUGGACAUCCAUCUGCGGGGGGGCUCUCGUGUCCACCACGCGCGUGGUCACCGCGGCGCACUGCUGGUGGGACGGCGAGGCCCAGGCGCGCCAGUUCACCAUCGUCCUCGGUUCCUCCACCAUCUUCUCUGGAGGCACCAGGCUGGAGACCAGCGACGUGACCGUCCAUCCGUCCUGGAACACACAGACGAUCACACACGAUAUAGCCAUGGUGAAGAUCAGCGCUGUGAGUUAUACGAACAACAUCCAGGCGAUACCGCUGCCGGCCACGUCGGACGUCAACUUGGACUUCGCCGGACUGACGGCAACUGCCACGGGCUACGGGAAGACCAGCGAUGCUCAAAACAGCUUCCCCACCACCACGUCUCUUCACCACGUGAACCUCAACAUCAUCACCAACUCCGAGUGCCAGAAGUCCUUCGACAUCACACUCCACGGCAGCCACCUUUGCACCAAAGGGACAGGGGGAGUUGGCACCUGUGAAGGGGACUCCGGUGGACCGCUGACUGUGGUGUGGAACACCCAGAGGAUUUUGGUGGGCAUCGUCUCAUUCGGUAUGGGCGACGGCUGCGCGGCCGGCCUGCCCUCCGUGUACACCCGCGUUACCGCCUUCCUCACCUGGAUACAGGGGCAACUCUGAAAAAAGAAAAAAUAAUAGAAUUUC